GUGAGAAAAGUGUAAUUAAAGUGUUUUUUUUGUUUGUUUGUACUUUGUGACGAAACAGAAAAACUUAACAUUCAUCACUUUGACAGAUUAUUUCCAGGUGGUCCUGUUAAAUGUGGUCCUGUGAGUUUAGGGUUUGUUGCGCUGAAUCACUGCGGUGGAAAUCCUGUUUAUCCGGCUGGAAAUGAGGGUGAAUAAGUGACGGAGACCGAACCGAACGGCAGAUUAUGAAAAAAUGGGGUUAAUAUUGUGGAACCUGCUAAUUAUUCUACAUGGUUAUCAGGAGAUCUGUGCAAAUGGUGUGCGGUUCACAAAGCAUCCGUCCAAUCAGACGGUGUCUCAGGGAAAGUCGGCGCGGCUGGGCUGUGCGGUUCAGGGCAUGAGUGAACCCGACAUCAUGUGGAUGAAGGACGGCGAGAAAGUCUACAGCACCGACCAGAUGUUCAUCACGCUGGGAGAGCAGCACUGGGAGACCUACCACAGUGUGAAGUCGGUGCAGCAGCAGGAUGCGGGUCAGUACUGGUGUGAGGUGGAGCUCAAUGGUCAGACGUUGUCCUCCGAGCGAGCGUGGAUCACAGUGGAAGGAGUCCCUCAUUUCAUCCAGGAGCCUCAGGACGUGGCCACAUUCCCAGGUGUUCCCUUUAACCUCACCUGUUUGGCGGUCGGCCCACCUGAGCCCGUGGAGGUGCUGUGGUGGGUCGGCGGAGCUCAGAGGGGCAGCCCCAGGUCGUCCCCCUCCAUCCUUCAAGUGCAAGGUGUGAACAGCAGUGUGAAGUUUUACUGUGAAGCUAAGAAUGCCAGAGGGAUCUCCGUGUCCAGAACCGGCACUGUCCACAUUAAAGUUUUGCCAUUGGCCCCAGUUGGGCUGGAGGUUCUGAAAAUGGUGGACAACAAUGCCACAUUGUCAUGGAAACCCAGUUUCACAGGAUACUCUGAGCUGUCGUCGUGCAUCAUCCAGCUGUCGAGGCGUUUGGGUCAGAGGGCGGACCUUCCUCAGCAGAAGGUUCUGGUUCCUCCUCAUCUUCAGGUUCUGUCCGGUUUGAGGAGUUACUCCAACUACAGUGUCCGGGUUUCCUGUGUCAAUGAGGUGGGGGCGUCACCCUUUUCUCCCUGGCUUCACUUCCAGACGCCUGAGUCAGUGCCCUCAGGAGCACCCAGGAACCUGACCUUUGACCUGUCAGAGGAGGAGCUAGCUUUGAGCUGGGCGGAGCUUCGAGAGGAGGAGCUUCAGGGCAAACUGCUGGCCUACAAGGUGCAGUGGACUCUGGGAGGAGAGCCACAGGAGCCGCUGCUGUUCAAAGACAACAGGGCUCGGCUGAUGGGUUCAGGACGCUUCUUCAACGCCUCCGUCCAGGUGGCGGCCUGCACCGCCGUGGGCUGUGGACCUUGGAGCCGCCCAGUCCUGGUCCUGCCCGCUUCAGUCCAGGCCCGGGCUGAGCGGAGCCACACCUGGGUCGGCCUCCUGCUGGGACUGCUGGGAGCCACCGUGCUGGGCCUCGUCCUCGCUGCUCUCGCUCGCCACCGCAGCAAAGAGACACAGUUUGGGUCGGCCUUCAAGACUCCGGGAGCUGAGAGUGUUGUCUCCUUCACGGCAGCUCGAUCCUUCAACAGGAACUGUACCGAGCUGUUUGAGUCGUCACUGGACAGUCUCUGCAUAAACAAUGAGUUGAAAAACAAACUUCAGGACGUUCUGAUUCCAGAAAGGCUGCUGACACUCGGACACAUGCUGGGUAAAGGUGAGUUUGGCUCCGUGCGCGAGGCCUUCCUGAAGACGGAAGACUCAUCUGUGCAGAAAGUUGCUGUGAAAGUCCUCAAAUCGGACAUCACGUCGUCGGAGGACAUCGAGCAGUGUCUGAAGGAAGCUGCCUACAUGAAGGACUUCCACCAUCCCAACGUCAUCCAGCUCAUCGGAGUGAGCCUGCACCAGCGACCCGGCCAACGGCUGCCGAUCCCGAUGGUGAUUCUGCCGUUUAUGAAACACGGAGACCUGCACACGUUCCUGCUGCUGUCCAGACUGGGAGAGCAGCCAUUUGACUUGUCUCUGCAGACUCUGGUCCAGUUCAUGCUGGAUGUGGCUCAGGGGAUGGACUACCUGAGCAGCAGGAACAUCAUCCACAGAGACCUCGCCGCCCGAAACUGCAUGCUCAGUGAGAACAUGACUGUUUGUGUCGCCGACUUCGGUCUGUCCAAGAAGAUCUACAGUGGAGAUUAUUACAGACAGGGAUCCAUCUCCAAGUUGCCUGUGAAGUGGAUCGCACUGGAGAGUCUGGCUGACAACGUGUACACCACACAGAGUGACGUGUGGGCAUUUGGUGUCACCAUGUGGGAGAUCGUGACUCGGGGUCAGACUCCGUACCCUGGGGUGGAGAACUCUGAGAUCUAUGAGUACCUGAUCAAAGGGGAGCGGCUGAAGAAGCCUCCUGACUGCAGAGACGACAUUUAUGAGAUCAUGCACAGCUGCUGGAGCCCUGUGCCAAAAUGUCGCCCUAGUUUCCCGCAUCUCAUAGGCCAGCUGGAGGCGCUGUUGCGGACGCUCUCCCCCGGUCUCUCAAAGAACGAACCUUUACUGUACGUCAACCUGGAGGAGGAUGAGGGGGAGUCGGGUGAAGGAGCAGCCGAACCGUCGGCGAUGGCGAGCUGGAGUCUUCCAUGGCAGCUCAGGGUUGAGGGUGAAGAGAGAGACUGGCUGAUGCUGGGAUCCGGCGCCGCCUCUGCUAUCGGCGGCGAUUACCGUUACAUCAUCGGCCCCUGUGGUACCCCAGAGGAGGAAGAGGUGAGGGUCACAGGGAGGAGGAGUGAGCUGAUGGACGCUUUACAGGAAGACGUCAGAGAGGAUGAUGAUGUCAUCGUAAACGUCUGAAGUAUGAUUGGAGCGCAGCCUGGCCUAUUACAACUCGGUCUAACCUGACUUGAUAUUUGUUGGUCACCUGACCACAGACACUCCCACCUUGUGGCACUAACGUCAGCUGGUGGGCGGUGACUGAUUGUACUCACACAGGUAAAACCACAAAGGAACAUCUG